AGGAGAGACAGCGCAACUGCAUCAUCCUCCUCCCUGCCUCCUGCGCGCUGGUCCAUCCAUCCAUCCCCUCUCCUCCUGUAACAGAUGGUGGGAACAGCGCUGCAUCUAGCGGGCAGCAGCGCAGCACAGCUCCGCAUCCUCCCCUCCACACAGCCGUGGCCCCGCAGCAGCAGCAUGCUCCAGCAGGGCUCCGGCAGCCUCUGAGGUCCCGGCAGCACCAGCACCUCGGCCGCCCUGCAGGAACCUUCUUGCGACUCUCCAUCGAGCAGGGGGGGGAAGAUGGCCGCUAUGAAAAUAUUAACCAGCACGGGGCUCUUCCUGGCUUUGUGCGCGCUGGGGCUGCUCACCAUGGCCAUCUGCACCGAUUACUGGUACGAGACCGACGCCAGGAGACACCGAGAGAGGUGUAAAAACUAUGGCAACAAGCGCAACGACCCGGGCUACAUCUACAUCUCCAACCACAACCUCCCGCUCCAGAUGCUCCCGAGGAGCCUGCAGAGGGAAGGUGGUGAUGGGGAUGGCCCGCACGCUGCUCCCCUCGUCCGGGGGAAGCGACACUUUCUGUCGGCGGCCACCGCCAUGGAGUCUCAGUGCAGCCGGCAGUUCAACUCCACCAUCUCCGGGCUGUGGAGGAAGUGCCACCGGGAGGGCUUCGACCUGGAGACCGAGGAGCUGAUUUACAAAGGAAAAAUUCAAAGAUGUAUCCCAGUCAAGUAUCACUAUUCCUCGUCCAUCCUACCACGAAAUUUACCCAUCAACAUCACAAAGACCAUACGACAGGAUGAGUGGCAUGCGCUACAUCUAAGAAGAAUGACGGCCGGUUUUGUGGGGAUGGCUGUGUCCAUCAUUCUUUUUGGCUGGAUCAUCGGGGUGCUGGGAUGCUGCCAGCAGCAUGACCUCAUGCAAUAUGUAGCUGGGCUACUCUUUCUCAUGGGAGGAACAUGCUGCAUCAUCUCCUUGUGCACAUGUGUGGCAGGAAUCAACUUCGAGUUAUCCCGCUACCCUCGCAACAUGUACGGCCUCCCUGAGGACAUUAGCCAUGGCUAUGGCUGGUCCAUGUUUUGUGCCUGGGGCGGCCUCGGUCUCACAUUGCUGGCUGGCUUCCUCUGCACCUUGGCUCCCUCUCUGAGCACACCCGUUCGCACGACCAUCCACAAGCCGAGGCAGGAGAACGGAACCGUGUGACGGAGGCGCUGCGAGGCGACCGACCCACUGAACGCACAAACUGCACCCUUCCAACGUUGAUGUUCAACUCUGAAAAGGUUCUUUUUUUUUUUUUUUUGUCAAAUUCACCACAUCACAACACGUUCAACACCGCCAUCCCCUUCCAGUGUUCAGUGUGCCUGAGUUGUAACGUAAGCAGCGAACUAACAACAAGAUUCACACAUCUAAGCUUAAAAACUCUCAAGGAACCUCCAGGAACAUCAAGAGUAACUUGUACAGCAACAUAUGACCGGGGAAUGACUCUCAUAGAACAAGUAGGACUUUUUUCAUUGUUGUUGUUGUUGAUGUUGUUUUGUUUCAAUUUUUGACAUGCUGAUUUUAUUGUGACCUAAAGGUGACUGUUUUCUCAGAAGAGAAUUUGUCUCAAAAUGGUGCUCUUUUAAAACAGCCACACACACACACACACACACACACACACACACACACACACACACACACACACACACACACACACACACACACACACACACACACACACAUGGGAACAAACACACAGACAUCAUGCCCAUCAUCCUGUCAGUAUUCCUCUUUCAUUCAGCGGUGCGUGUUACUGUUUGUAAUUUAAAAAAAAAGAAAGAAAUGUGCUGGCAGUGACUUUUCAUUGCUUAUCUUUAGGUAGGCACAAUAACGGACAUCAAAACAUGAGUCUGGGGGAAGAUGUUUACAGCCCAUAAUGGAUCUUGCAGUGUUGUCAGUGCGAUAAAGUUCACAGACAUAACUCCCCUUGAAAAGCAAAUUGAUCCCUCUUUUUUCAAAAUUCCCCACGUAAAGAUACAUUUCUUUGUAGAUCCAGAUCAUUGUUUGUGUAAAGUGCAUUUUGAAUAAGAUUUUGUUCUCCGUGUCAUUUGAGGUAAUGAAGGCUGACAGUAUGGAGAACAAGCAGAUUUUGUUCAUUUAUUUAUUUAUUUUGUACCAAAUAGAAACAGCUAAGGAAACAGAACGCAGUAGAACGCAGCAGCUGCUGAGCAGGGAUGUAAUGUUGCUGUGCUGUUACUGCUCUGACAGGCCCAGUUGUUUACUGGCUGCUGAAUCAAAUCCUAACAAGAGCAAACAUGGGAAACCAAACUGAGGAGGAAGUAUCUGUUUACCCUUGAUAUCAGUCAGCUGUUCUGCGUGCUCCGACUACAGCCAAGCUUUGCGAUUUUAGAGAAAGAAGCAAGCGCUGUGUCAGUGAUCCCACUGCUGAAGAAGCACAACCAAAAGCCCUCUCUGAGUCAAGCAAAGGGACGCAAAGUGUCAAAGGUCAUAUCAAGUCAUCAAAUAAAAUGGGAACAUACAAUCACAUAUUUUGAAGUCAUUAAAAAUCAUGAAAUCAUUCAAAGAUGAUUAAAUCUUUGGAUGGAACAUUCAAAUCAGGCUUCAAAAAAGGGGGGGAAAGCACAGUACUGUAAUAAACAACCUUCAACUGCACCUAAUCCACACGCUGAACAUGAAAAAAUGAUGUGACCCUUCAGUGACAGGUGUCCACACGGAAUCCCUUGGUUUUUGCGUGUUGUGCUAUGGAUGCAAAUGUUCCGCAAUCUCUUACAUUUUUGACACAUUCUGAACCAUUCAAUUCUUACACAAUUUGCCAAAAUGUGAUGGAACAAUGUAAACCCCCCGUGAACGUGGAGAACAGCUUGAAAGUGUUAGUGAAAAGGAGACUUUUGAGGGUCCUGGUGAUAGUUUGGGUGAUAAUGACCAACAGCAUACAUCAUUGUUAUCAUUAUAUAUUUUUAUUGCCAGCAACUAAUUUAUUUUGAUAUAACAAUAUUCACCACAAGUUCAUUAUACAUUUAUAUAAGUGUUGAUUGCCUGAGAUAAAUCAUCAGAAACUUUACUGCUGUUUCAAUUAACUCUCUUAAGUAAAAAAGAAAAAGUGUUGUCAGUGUGUUAACAACACUGUGUGUGAUGUUCAGUCCCUUCACCGUCACCAUUGACAAGGAAAUCAUGCGAGGCAUGAUUGAAAUCAGUAUCUUCAGUGUCAUCUUUGCACUUUGCUGCAUCUCAUAAAGUCAGUGAAUCUGAGUGUGGGAGCAGGAGCUGAUCAGAGCAUGUGUCAUGUACCCUGCUGUAUCUUUUACAAAGAAUCUGGGUUUAUUCCAUACUCACUAGACAUUAACCUGGGCUCUUAUUGUGAAAAUAUUCAGGCCUGAAACUUUGACUAUAAACGUGACAAUAUUUUGGUCAAUACACCAGUGAUAGACAGAACGAAAUGCUGGCUGGUGUCUUGGCUGUGUGCAGUUUUAAGUUCACACUUAAAUUCAUACAGUCACACGGAUAUUACUGAAAGUGCUAAACUGUAACGUGUUUACUUAGUGGAAGUAUAACGUGUUGUUAUAACUGAAGCACUAUUCACAGAAUUCUUGAAAGCGUUUUUGUGUAUUAUGCACAGAAAAAUCUGAGUUUUUCUGUGCACUGAUGGGUCUUUAUCAGCAGUCCAGAAGUAUUACAAAAAUGAAUUUUUAAUUUUGAAAGAACAUAUUUUACACCCCUAUAUGUGAAGCAGUAAAUUUAGAAGAAAUCCAGAACAUAGCUUUGUCUGCAUUUUGAAUCUAAAGUAUUUUCACUGACCGAGAAGAACAGUAGCACACAGUAGCAAAGAUGUUCAAAACCUUAAAAAUGAGAACAAAUGAAGUCAUUGCAACUGAACAACGUUUGUAAAAGUGUUGUAAAGCCCUCUCAGGAGGGAAAGCUGUGUUUGCCUGCUGUGUUUUUCAUGAGGAACAUUGUACAGUGUGCAGUGAGAGAUGCCCUGUGAAAAUGCCGCUGUUAAGAGUGGCACUUGUUUCAGUAGCACAACCAUUAUUUUCUACAAGUCAUUUAUACUGGGUGCAACCACUUCAGAUGUUCUGUGGGGAUAAAAAAAAAAGACAAAACUGUCUUGCAUGAUCUCAUUCCAGUUAGUUUCUUUCAAUAUAUGAAAAAAAAACUUGUGUCAGUUUUUUCAUUAAUUUAUUUUACUGAAA